UCAGAGAAAACAUACAUUCAUAACCUUAAAAAACAAUUGAAAACGUCAAAAAUAUAGGAUCAUAAUAUCAAUAUAUAAUUUAUUUAAACAAUUUAACAAUAUAUUGUAAAUAUGUCAAAUGCAUAUGAAACUUAUUACAACGAUUAUCAUAAAAAUGCAGAAUUACAACAAAACUUGAAAUACAAGAAGAAGUACAAAAGAUUAAAAAGAAUUGUAAAAGACACAGUUUUUGAAAAUGCAGCGUUAUGCGAUCAAGUCGCGCAAAUGCAGGAAAAUCUAAUACUUGUCAAAGAUGAAAGAUUAUUUUUGUUAAGAAAAUUGUGUCAACAACAGGGUGAAGUUGAUGCGAAUUCAGUUUUAUCGAAACAAAGUAAUUUUAAUUCAUCGGCUGUGAAUAUUGACGGUGUAACUCCAAAAAAGAAUUCUAAAAAAAGAAAUUCAACUGAUGUCUCAGAAUCGAAACCAAAACCGAAACGCACUAGUAAAGCAACAAGAAAGGUCGUUCAAAUAAUUCCAUUGGACGUCCAUGGACGACCUAUAUUUCCAAUAAGUUUGGGAGAUCUCACCGUAUACUCUUUAGGCGAAGUUAUUUCCGAUCGAUUAACUUAUCAUACGGAAGAUCUUAUUUAUCCAGUUGGUUAUUGCAGCACUCGAGCUUAUGCCAGUUUGAGAGAUGCACGAAUCAAGAGUUUAUAUACUUGUAAAAUUUUAGACGGUGGUCCAAAACCAAGAUUUGAAAUAGUUGCUGACAAUGAUCUCGAUCAACCGUUAGUUGGCUCAAGUCCAGACGAAUGUCAUUCUUUAUUAUUAUCAGCAAUUUCUUCCGCAUUGUGCGCAAUUCCACCGAAAGGCGCUGAUUUCUUUGGAAUUUCACAUCCGACAAUUCAAAAUCUCAUUCAGAGCUCGCCGGGAACGCGAAAACUCGCCAUGUACAAAUCACAACGUUUCGAGGUGAGCAAAAAUCAAACCAAUGAAAUGGGAUCAAAUUCGAUGAUGGAAGAGGAAACAGAUCCAAGUCUUGGAUUCGCAGCUCUACAUAGACAUUUUGCUCUCACUAGUGGCUAUAGAAUCAAGGAAGAGCCCAAUGAACAAGAUUUAUUAUCAUUACAAAAACUUAUCGCCUGAUCUAGUCACUAUUUUGUAUGUUGAAUCGUAAAUAAAUUUUUUAUCAUA